CGUGCAGCUGCGCAGCGCCUCGGCGCACCGACCUCUCCCGAGAGCGGGACCGCGGGCGAGACCCGCAGGAGCGCUCGGUGCGUGGCCCUGCAGCGGAGGGCGUGCGGCAGGGCUGGCGGCGCAGGAAAAGACAUAUUGCCAUGAAUCCUCCUGGAGACACUCCCCCUUGCUUGGAACACGCUCAUCUCAUCGUUUUCGCCGCUUUCUGCAGCAGCUCGGGAGUCCUCUUUUCUGAGUGUCUUUAGUGACACGGUCCCGGCUGCCUCGAUGUCUUGGUGGGUUCAGAACAUUUCCCUUUCGUGGUCGUUUUGAUUUUGGGAACAGCCAGAAGUCAUGCGGUGCCAGAUCCGAUUGCCACUUCCUGAAACCAAGGCUGCUUAGGAGAAACAGUAUAUUUCAAGAAGGUUUUAGCGGAAUCAACUAUUUGCAGAGUCAGAUUUGCUGGUCUGAGUGUUUUCGUCUUCUUCGAGAUAAAAGCCACUGUUGUCCCUCUGGGGCUGUCACAGUUGGAGAUUCGCUCAUGCUCACACAUUUCAGGACCUUAGAUAAGCUGAGAUUGAAGCACCGACAAGAUCUCUGAGGUCACCAAGGAAGGCCUUAUUUUCAAUAUCUGCAGUUGCCCUCAUACCAUGCCCUUCCUGCUCUUCAAGGAAUUCCCCCCAGGCUUCCUGUGGCCAGGUAGCUCGGCCUUCAAGGGGCUCCUUUAUUCGGGAUCGAUGUCUUCUCGUAGGUAAUUGAUCACUGCAGUCCUGGGGACCCUCAAUUCAUCGUCAAGGGAGGAUAAUCAUCAUGAAUAAUCAAAAAGCUAUCGCUGUGCUCCUGCAAGAGUGUGAGCAAGCGCUGGACCAGCUCUUGGUGGCGGCGCCAGAUGUGUCCGAGGAAGACAAGAGGGAGGACCAGAGGUGCCGAGCUUCCCUCUCCAGAGAGUUAAGGACCCUGAUCCAGGAGGCAAAGGAAAUGAAGUGGCCCUUCGUGCCUGAAAAGUGGCAGUACAAACAAGCCCUGAGCCCAGAGGACAAAACAAACCUGCAGGAUGUGAUUGGCGCUGCACUGCACCAGUUGCUGGCGGCCCUGCGCGCCUCCAUCCGGGCCCAGGACUGUGCGGCGGCCGCGGCCGUGGUCUUCCUGCUGGACCGCGUGCUCUACGGGCUGGACAGCGCGGGCGGCCUCCUGCGGGUGGCACGGGGCCUGCACCGCCUGCAGCCCUGCACACCCAUUGCGCCGCAGGUGGUGAUCCGCCAGGCGCGGGUCUCGGCCAAUGCAGGGAAGCUUUUGAAAGCGGAGUACAUCCUGAGCAGCCUCAUCAGCAACAACGGAGCGACAGGUACCUGGCUCUACAGAAAUGAAAGUGACAAGGUCCUGGUGCAGUCGGUCUGCAUACAGAUCCGAGGGCAAAUUCUGCAAAAGCUCGGCAUGUGGUAUGAAGCUGCAGAGUUAGCCUGGGCCUCCAUCGUUGGAUAUUUGACACUUCCUCAGCCGGAUAAAAAGGGCAUCUCCACAUCGCUAGGGAUACUGGCAGACAUCUUUGUUUCCAUGAGCGAGAACGAUUAUGAAAAAUUUAAAAACGACCCGCGGAUUAACUUGGUUCUGCUCAAGGAGUUCAACCACCGGCUGCUGGCAGCGGCAGAAGCCUGCAAGCUGGCGGCGGCCUUCAGUGCCUACACGCCCCUGUUCGUGCUCACAGCCAUGAACAUCCGUGGCACGUGUUUGCUGUCCUACAGCAGCUCCAGCGCCUGCCCUCCCAGCCAGAAAGGCUGGUAUCUGUUUGCAGCCAAGGAGGCCUUCGAGAUCGGCCUCCUGACCAAGAAAGAUGACGAUGAGCUGGCCGCUGGGAAACAGCAGCUCCAUAGCCUGAUAAAAGCAGCCUUUGGGCUGGCCACGGUGCACCGGAGACUCCACGGGGACACAGACGCGGUGCUGGAGGCGGGCAGGCUCUGUGUGGAAGCUAUGGGGAUGCUGUACAGGUUCAGCUCCUCCUCUGGAAGUCAGGACAGAGAGGCUCUGUCCCAGGAAAUCCUCUCCACAGUCAGCCAUGUGAAGCAUCGCUUACAGGUCCAGAGCUUCGCCAAUUUGGACGACAGGUCUUACGUUCCAGAGAGUUUCGAGUGCGGCUUGAAUAAACCUAUCCUGCAUGGACGGGUAGAUUUCCAAAAGAUUCUCGAAGCCUACUCACAGCACCACACCUCGGUGUGCGAGGUUUUUGAAAGUACCUGUGGACACAGCAAGAAUAAAGAGAAAAACGCAAAAGCAGAAAUCUGCAUCACUGCCUUAAAAACAGAAACCAAAUCCCUGGAUACGGUGAGCGUCACUGAGGAGGAACCAUGCUCUCCCGGGGACAGGGGGACACCUUCCCUCCGGAUGGGGAAACUCGGAACGGUGGGGAGGAGGAGCUGGGCCCGCUGGGAAGCGUUUCGAGUCUCCCUGGAUCAGGACAUGGAGACAGAGCUGGAGGCACCUGGGCACAGCAGCGGCGAGGUGUGGAACACACCGCUGAGCAGCAGCAGGACCUCCCGCUCCUGGAGCCAGCUGUCGGGGCUGAGUUCUUCUGGGAGCUGGGAGGAAGUGAACUAUCCGGGGGAGCCCGGCUCAGCCGAUAGAGCGAAGAACCUCGCGGACAGCCUGUGUCCCACUGUCCCGUGUGAGGAACAGGAGAGGAAAGGGGGCGACAGAGCCACGCGCUCCCUGUCUUCAGACCUUCGUGGUCUCUCUCUCCAGGAACCCAGGAGUGAUGAUGAAGAGGGCUCCCCAAGUCGGCCACACAGACACCCGUCCUUGCCAGCCUUCGCUCCCCACAGUGCUCCCAACACCUGGGUGGUUCCUGUGGCCAGGCUGUCCGGGGCCCUGGGGGACACUCACGAAGGCAGAGAGGCAGAACCCCAAAAUACUCCUGCUCCCCCUGGACUCUCCAGAGCGUCUCGGUUUUCUGAUUCUCUUUGGCACAGGGACAUGGCCACAUGGCGAUCAGGGCAAGAAGACAUCUUCGAAAUCCUUGAUUUCACAGAAACCAGCUGUGAUGUCCCAGACAGGCUUGGGGCAGAGACGGAAACAGAAGUCCAUGAAUGGGGCCAAGGCCCUGCAUGUAAAGAUGUCCCCGUGUGGGUGGACCCCGAAGGAGAGACGGCAGAAAGCACCCAAGAUGCGCCCUUGGACAGUCACACCGUGCUGGGUGGUGCGCUGGGCAACAGCGCCAGGCUGGGGUGUGUGUCUUCCCCUCCUCAUAACCGCAUUCAGCAGCCUGACUCCCCUGAGACUGGAGGCUCUGUGGAGGACCUGGGCAUUGACCCCGAUGCACCCACGGAGGACAAAGUGGGCUACCUGCUUGGCAGUGGCCAUGUCCUCUCCACAGGUGGACCUGGCCCCAGCACACCAGGUGCUCCAAGGCAGCCCCUGGGGCAGAAGACAGGGAGCCCCAGUCUCCCCGCAGGCGGCAGCAGCCCCUUCCCUGUCCUCAGUGAGGACUGCGCCACCACGGAGGAAGGAGACCCAGCAGGACACGUGCUCAGCUGCAGUCAGAGCUCGGGCUCCUCCCUGGCGUGGUGGCUGAAAUCACCUGCCUUCUCCAGCGGCUCCUCCGACGGCGAGAGCUCGUGGUCCCUCCUGAAUUCCAGCGGGAGUUCCGUGGCAUCCUGGCCAGGGCUGAUUCGGCAAGAGGUCCUAGAGGCACGCACACUGCAGCCUGCUGACCUGGAGAAGCUGCUGGCCGGCGUGAGCCACGGCUGGCUGCUGCAGAGGCUGGGGCACACAGGCGUGUUCAAGCCCAGCCAGUUGCACAGAGCAUACAAUGCUCUUCUGUUAAAAUAUUCCAAAAAGUCUGAACUGUGGACAGCCCAGGAAACAGCUGUGUAUUUGGGGGACUACCUGAAUGUGAAGAAGAAAGGCAAACAGAGAAACGCCUUCUGGGUUCACCAUCUUCACCAAGAAGAAACGCUGGGGAGGUAUGUUGGGAAAGAAUACAAGGAGCAGAAGGGGCUCUGGCAUCACUUCAUUGAUGUGGAGAGGCAGAUGACUGCACAGCACUACGUGACAGAGUUUAACAAGAGACUCUAUGAGCAAAACAUCCCAACACAGAUAUUCUACAUCCCAUCCACAAUAUUACUGAUUUUAGAAGGCAGCUCAAUAAAGGGAUGUAUCAGUGUGGAACCUUACAUACUGGGAGAAUUUGUAAAGUUAUCAAAUAACACAAAAGUGGUGAAAACAGAGUACAAAGCCACAGAAUAUGGCUUGGCUUAUGGCCAUUUUUCUUAUGAGUUUUCUAACCAUAAAGAUGUUGUGGUUGACCUUCAAGGUUGGGUAACAGGUAAUGGAAAAGGGCUCAUCUACCUCACAGAUCCUCAGAUUCACUCUGUUGAUCAGAAAGAUGUCACUACCAAUUUUGGAAAGAGAGGAAUUUUUUACUUCUUUAAUAACCAGCAUGUGAAGUGUAAUGAAAUCUGCCAUCGUCUUUCUCUGACUAGACCUUUGAUGGGGAAACCAAACAAGCCGUAGGCUGUGGGUUGAUAACAUGACCGCCUCUCUGCCCACCAGGAUCAAAGCUCUCCUUCCAGGCACCUAGAACUUGGCAUGGCUUGGGUCUGCGGGGCUUGGGCAGGCCAUGGGGCUAGGGCUGGCCAAUGAGAGGGAUCGAGAGGGCCACCUUCAGGGCUGCAUUUAGUUGCUUAUACAAGAUCCGGUGGCUUCUCUUUCGCUCUGACACAGGGACCAAGAAUAAUUCUGGAAGUAACAGCUAAUGAACAUCAGUCCUGCACUGAAGACAGAUGGAAAACAGCCAAACUGACCCACAAUGGAUCCAAGCACAGCUGGAAAAUAAACUUCUGUUUAAGCCACUGAGAUAUUGGAGCUUUUGGUUAUCUAUCGUCUGUCAGGACUGAUACUACUGCUGAUUUUUCCUGUUGAUUUAAGAGUUCUUCAUGUAUUAAAGAAUUUGGAGGUU